UAUUUUCUUACUUUACUUCCGGGUUUGUAAAUAGGUUAGUCACGUUAGACUGAUACAGUUUCAUGUGAAAAAACAAAACACGUACUGGAAAAUUAUUAUUUAUUUCGCUUUUAAGUGAGAGCCAGCAUUAUUCCUGUUUCUGUUGCAUGAAGCUUUUCUUUUGAAACUUCCGGUCAAUUUUCGUCGAUGGAAGAUUUUAAAAAGCGUGGCGGGAGAGAAAAGUCGUUCGUUUGUGUAGUUUGAUGGGAUCAAAUAUCUAUUGUCAGAGGCUACGUUCACUUUCUGCUUCAACGAAGAUCUACAACUUCAGAGGGUGAAAAACCUUUCGUGGUGUGAUGCAAAAGCUCGAGUCAGACGGAGAAGAAGAAAGCGCGCCGCAUCCGUUGGUUUUCUUUGACUUGGAGACAACUGGACUAGGUCCAAACUGUGAAAUCAUCCAGCUGGCUGCAGUGAGCGGAGGUCACUCCCUGAACCUGUAUGUGGUCCCAUGCGCUCGAAUUGAGCACAGAGCAGCCAAAGUGACGGGCUUUAAGGUCUGCAGACACCGACUGUACCUCCAUCGCCAGCCUCUCUUCACCAACACCCUCAGGGAGAUCCUGGUCUCUUUCAUCGCUUUCCUUCAAAUGUUUAAACGCCCAUUUCUUGUUGGCCACAAUAUUCGUCACUUCGACUGCCCCCUGCUGGUCAGAGCGCUCGACCGGCUGGAGCUGCUUGAACAGUUCCGGUCUUCCGUCUCGGCCUGUGUGGACACUCUGCCGCUGGCUCGGGAGGUGCUGAACGGCCGCAACCUUCGGAGCUUUCGCCAGGAGAACUUGGUCAGAGAGCUGCUGGGGGUGAACUACAAGGCCCAUGAUGCUUUGGAAGAUGUGCGAGCUUUACAGAUGCUGUAUGCUUUCAUUCAGCCCACAACAGAGCAGGUCAGGCGGCAGACGUUUACUCUGGACAGUAGGGAUAAAAAAACUGCUUUCAACCGCAAGGUUGCUUCUGGAAAAGUGUGAGUCUGACGGUUGGCAACAGAACAACAUGAGAGACGUUCACAGACUCACAAAAGCCUGUCACAAAUACUUCCCAGACUCACAAAAGCCUGUCACAAAUACUUCCCAGACUCGGCCCCACAGCAGUAGUGCCGGAAAAACAGACACAUUACUGCAGUUUCUUCAGGAAAGACAACUUAUAUUAAGCCGUUUAUGGGUUCAUAUGAAUGUAAAGCAAGUUUGUAAAAAGUUAUUUAUCUGUACUUCAUGCAGUUCCAGAGGAAUUUAAGAUUAUUAAUCUUAAACAACUCUGUCAGAUUAGUGAUUCAUACACUCUAAAGUGCUUCAGGUUUUAAGAUUUGAACACAAGUUGUGCAAAAGCUAAAUAAACAUGUUUAACCCUU